GCGAGACCCAGCGUGCCCCGCGCGCUCCCGGCACCCCCCGCGGCACCCCUGUCCUUCACAGCGGCUAAGAUGGCGACCGCCACUCGCCUCAUCCAGCGCUUCCGCAAUUUCUUGGCGGGGCGGAACCUGCAGGCCAAGCUGCCGCUGCGCUACACGGAGAUCUCCAAGAGAACCCAGCCGCCGCCUCGGCUCCCGGUGGGCCCCAGCCACAAGUUCGCCGGUAACUAUUACUGCAGCCGGGACGGACGCCGAGAGUCUCUGCCGCCCAUCGUGGUCGUGGCGGCGCAGAAGACCCUUGCUGCGGGGGCGCAGGCUGGCAGUUCAGGCUCUGCAGUGUCAGCAGCUGAGAAAAAACCAGUGACGCCAGGACCAGCGCUUAAGAGGUGGGAAAUUUCAAAAGACCAGCCCUAUUUGUGAGAAAUAAAGCGUGAUGAGGCUGGAUGUGCAGGUCGCAGUUCAUUAUGAAGCAGCACUCUAAUAGGAAUGCCUGUGGUGGAUUUUGCUACAGUGAUGCUGUGUGGAACUUGGCCUAGUGCUGAUAAUGCAUGACUAAUAAAUAUAUUUAGAGCUGUGGUUA